CUUUGUUACCGGUUAGUUCCGAAUGACAGGUAUCAAAUAAAGUGGUUUUAAGUUGCGCUAUGUUUACAUACCUGUCAAUUUGUUUACAUUCAAUUAAAAUUUUUUCAUUGAACUUUUCGAAUAAGCUUUUACCAGAACUCGCUUUAUUUGUGAAGGUGUAGAUUUUGUCAGCAAUCAUUUGAAGUAAGGAGAAAAUGUCGCACUACAUAAAUGAAGCGGCUCACAUACUGCACGCGCACCCCGAUAGUUCCUAUCAUCAAUCGAAACCCUUAAAUAUGGAUACGAAAUUACAAGAAAGUAAGGGAUCUUUUUGCAUAGACGCUCUAUUAUCGCGUAAUGAUGAUCGUCCGAAUACCCCCGAUACAUCUCGAAGUAUAUCACCAUCAUCCACAAGAAGUAGAAGUCCACCAAUUUCGCCGGGAAGCGAAGAAAUUCCCCCCACCUCGUUUGUACCAAGGCCGGGACUUUUAAAUCACAUUUAUCCAAAUGGUGGACUGUACGGUUACCAAAGUCAGCAUCAUGUGCAAAGUUCAGCCUUUCACACUUUGGACGGUUCGAUGGUUCAAAAGCUUCAAAUUCCCAUCAAUCACCAUAGUCCCAGUCAAUUGCAGCAAAUGCAGUUGGAGUGGCUCGCGCGGACGGGGAUGUUUUAUCAAAGACUCCCGGACCUAACUGACGAAUAUCCUUCUUUCUGA